AUGGAGCCAAAUUUACCUUGUCCUCAAAUUUACAAUGGAGGUAUCAUUUUUGUCAGUUAUAUCAUUUCAGUAGCAGGCGCAAUGAUAGCACUUGAACUACUGCAGCGUAGAACACAUAUUCGUGGAAAAUAUAAUUGGUUCCUACUAUUUGCUGCUGCAACCUCAAUGGGUGGAGUGGGCAUUUGGUCGAUGCAUUUUAUCGGCAAUAAUAGCUUGACCCUUAUUAUACACAACGGUCAACAUUUUCAGUUAUUUUAUUCGGCAGGUUUUACCUUCGUCAGUCUGGCGGUUGCUAUUGUUACCAUGUUCUUAGCCUUUGCCUUUGUUGGUAUAACUGAAGAAGCAAAGUUAAGUCGAAUUAUUCCUAGUGGUAUCGUAGCCGGAUUCGGCAUUGUUGCUAUGCAUUACAUUGGUCAAAGAGCAAUUAACUUUUUCAUUUUGGGCAAUAAAAUCCCUUUUGUGGUUGGUGCUGCUACCAUCGCUGUCUGCGCCGUAACAGCGGCGUUACUCAUAUUUUUCAAAUUACGAGAGCAAUGGGCAAACCAAUGGUAUAAGCGCUUGGGAUGCGCCAUGUUGAUGGCCGUUGCUGCAUGUGGAAUGCACUACACUGCCUUAGUAGGAACCAUUUACUAUGAAGGCGACAAUGACGAUACUCCACCUAUACCUGUCAUGAGUACACCUGCUCUCAUUGGUAUCAUUUUUGGUAUCGUUGCCGCUGGGUGUCUUAUUCUACUUGCAAUCGUAACCAAAGCUCAUAUCAAUAGCAGUAAAUACACAAAAAAUAGGGACUCCUCUAAACGUAGACUUGUGUUGGAUACUAUCUUUUUUGACAGAAAUGGAAGAAUUAUGGUGAAAGUAGAUGGUAUUGUCCCAAUGAAGGAAAUUUUGAGCGAAAUUCCCGAGGAUGUACAGUAUUAUUAUACACAAUCACAGUUGACCAUUGAAUGUUAUAGCGUCUCAUCUCUCGUGUUUUUUAUUCAUCAGGAACAAUAUGGAAAAUUUUCAGAAAAUCACCCUUUAUUCAAAAAAAUAUUUGAAAUCACUUUACACUGGUUCAGAUUAACUGAGUUAAACCAUUACAAUAAUAACGAUUCUGAUUUCCCAGAACAUAGCAAUUUCGAUCCCGCUUAUAAAGCAUUUAUGACAGCAGCUAAAGAUUUAGUAGAAGAGCUAUGUUUGAACGAUUUAUCAGAGCUUGGGCACUUGUCAGAUUUGAUUUUGACGAGCAAUACAGUCAGCAAGAAGAGCUUGUUCUCGUCGACAGAUUCACUCAAAAAAGGGACUAUUCAACGAAGUAACAGUACAGCAACUUCGUGGCUCCUUCUACCUAAUCGACGUACAGCCUCUAAGGGAGAGAGUGACUUAGCUAUUGAAAGUGAACAGAACGAUACGAAUAAGCUCAAAUCGAAGAAUCAAAAAUACACAUCUUCCAUUCUCACAACGACAGAGAAUGCAACUGUUAUUGAUAUCUUCACCGAUUCGGACACAAAUCGCAACAAUAGAAAAAAGUUAACGAUCGCAGACUCAGACUUUGAAGAUCAACAUGUAUUCCUUGUCAAGCGUAUAGAAUCCAAUAAGCUCCUUGUUCAUCUACUUUCUAUCGGGUUCAGAUUCGCUGAACCCACUUUCAUUGCAAAAACAAUGGGCGAAAAACUCAGAGUUCCCACCGAAUAUAUGUUUAGCUACUUUCAAGAUAUGUCGCAAAUGGCUGAAGCCGCAUCUGUUUUGUAUAAACCAGUUGAUCCAUUUUUGCAUUCUACUGUUCAUCGUUCAGCAGCUAUGAAGCACCAUAUGGAUAGAUUCGCUGAUGAAUUUUGCGCUGGUAUCUUUGUAGGUCUCUUCGUAUUAAUUGACGAUGACAAUGAAGGCCCGAAUGCACAUGCUGCACCUUAUGUUAUCAUUGACAAGAAAAAGAGAUACACCUUUCCAGUAAUACAGCUAACAAUCAACGAUAACCCUGAGACAGAACCACCCAAGCGACCCAGCAAGCUUACAAGCGCACAAAAAGAAAUAAUUGUUGGUCUUAGUGGCGAAACGUUAGCCACUAUUGCCUCUUUGGAACUUGACGUUCAAGACGCCACAUAUAAAAAUCCCCCUUCUAUUAGCAGCCCAACCCAACAAUGUAAUACCGGUUCACCUCCCAACAAACAUCAUACCACUAUCAGCAUUUCUACGUUGUCCAAUUUGACAACACCGAAUGAAUACAACACUUCCGCCAAAGGAUUACUUGAUAAUAACGCAGCUUCUACUACGGACGACAAUACAGUUCACCCUGACAAGUAUAGCUUUUCUUUCAAAUCAUCUUCAACCUCUUCUACAUCUGCUUCUUCUUUGACAAUGAAUGCAGACGAUCGAAAUUUCUUAAAAGCAUUGAAACACGCCUCUACAAAACUAAUAGAGUCAUCAAAUUAUGGAAAACCCAUUGCCUCCUCUGCUAAACUUUACGCUGAAGUUCUGGAUAUACCAGCGUUCGCUAUCAGGGCGGGCCCUUGUCAGUUGAUUCUCUUUAGAGCUCAUAUCCAAACGCCCGGUACAAAGUUUGCUAUUAAUCAAACUCUCACUGAACCUAUAAAAUGUAUACCCUUUCCUUUAUACCGCAGUUUUGUUCAUCAUAUAACAGAUACUGCUAUCUCUCACCAUCGAGCAGAACGUGACAAGUUCAAAGAACCACCUUCAUUUUUGAAACAAAAACGACUGUAUCAAUCGAGUACAUUGACCUCAACAGGAGCAACAACUACUAUUACUGCGAAUACUAACAGUAGUAAUAUUAAAGGUUUGACAAAAAACUCUCCGGCAGACGGUAGUGGAGAAUCUUUCAAUAGAGAUAUAAGUAGCAGUAGCAUUCGUAAUGGACUUGAAAGCAGUGGUGCGGCGGCUGCAUCUGACGGAUAUACAAUAAGAACAAAUUCAACAGAUUCAAGCAGCCAACAGCAAACAUUUGUGUCUCUACCGCCACCUCCACGAGCCAAACGACAUAAACUAGCGUUCAGUUCGUUAGAUAUCAUCAACAAAGAUUUCAUUCCAAGUAUAGUAAAAGGUGUAAACUCAUUUCAAAUGGGUCCUGUUAACGCGGCAAAAACCUCCAAUAUAGUGGAGCUUAAUUUAUUACCUACCAAAGAUAGAUUCUGGUGGUUAGAAGCAAUGUACGAAGAAGUUUUCACCAUUGUAUAA